UGCUGCGAAGUCCUAUUAUAAUGUUCCUUGUGCUAUCGUAAAACUGAAUGUUUCUUAUCCGAUUUAAGGGUCCUUCCAUUACCCCGAUACCGACAUCGGUGGGUUUCCAGACCGCACAACACCAUAUCGUGAAUCGGAUCGGCCAUCUUGCCACCGACGGUACCCCCAUACCCGAGGCAAGGCUGUCCCACCAACCCCACGUUUACCCCAGACUACGGCUUAUAAGAAGCUUUCCAUUGCCGUUUCCCUUGGAUCUUAUAGCUUACAUUAUUAUUUGAAACGUAAGCCUCUUGCCAUGAUAUCUACGUUAUAUACAACGGCCCUCAUAUCACACCACACGCAAUGUCGGGCGCCCCAUCCCGCCUCCAGAAGCUGGCAGCACACUUCCUCCCUUCAAGAGCCCAGGAGACCUUCACACACCGUCUCAACCACCACGAGCUCUCCCCCACAUUAUUCCUCGAGCGCGCUGCCCAGAUCGAGCCCAAUGCCGAAGCCAUCCACCACACCACCGCCAACAACGUCGUCCUAAGGCGGACGUACCAAGAAUUCGCCGAUCGCUCCCGCGGCUUCGCAUACUACCUCCUCAAGAAGCAGUACAAGCGGGUUGGCAUCCUCUGCCCCAACACACCCGCUUUCCUCGAGAGUAUAUUUGGGAUUGGCGCUGCGGGCGCAGUCAACGUCGGCGUCAAUUAUAGGCUUAAGAGCGAGGAUAUAGCGUACAUCUUCAACCACGCGGAGGUUGAGGUUAUCAUCGUGGAUGCGGAGUACUUGCACCUGCUGGAUAGGUUCAAGGAGCUAUACCCACAAAUACCAUUUAUCAUCGACACAGACACAGAUGCAGUGGAGGGAGAGCUAAGUGGGCCAUUCGAUGCCGCGGUCUUGGAAGGCUUGAGUUAUGACAAGGAAACCGGUGGCAAUGGCUGGGCGGGUCUAAAGUCACAGUGUGACGACGAGCAAGCCACCAUUGCAUUGGCUUAUACCUCUGGAACGACGGCUAAGCCAAAGGGUGUGGUAUACAACCACCGCGGUGCAUACCUAGCUGCUUUGGCUAAUGUCGUUGAGUCGGGGCUUAACUAUCAUACUGGGCGCUGUGGAUACCUCUGGACGCUCCCCAUGUUCCAUGCUAUGGGGUGGACAUUCCCCUGGGCCGUGACUGCCGUAAGAGGGACGCAUUAUUGCAUGCGUAAGAUCGAUUACCCGGCGAUUUGGCACCUCCUGAAAACUGAGAAUGUGACGCAUUUCAAUGCGGCACCGACUGUGAAUACGCUUCUCUGCGCGUCUCCAGAGGCAGAGAGGUUAGAGAAGCCGGUGAGGGUCACAGUGGCUGCGAGCCCGCCGACGGCACAUCUGUUCAAGACGAUGGAAUCAUUGAACCUUAUGCCGGUCCACGUGUAUGGCUUGACGGAAACGUACGGCCCGAUCACUAAGGGGUAUCAUAUGCCGGCAUGGGAGAACUUGCCUGGAAAUGAGAAGUAUGAUAAGAUGGCGAGACAGGGCCAUGGUGCUAUUACCACAUUACCAUGCCGUGUUAUCAAGACUGAGCAGGCACCGGGAGUCAUCGUUGAUGUGAAAAAGGAUGGAAAGGAGAUUGGUGAAAUUGUGUUCCUUGGCAAUAUCUGCGCAAAGGAGUAUUACAAGGACCCAGAGGCUACGAAGAAGAUGUUCGAUGGCGGCGUAUUGCAUUCGGGGGAUUUGGCUGUCUGGCAUGCAGAUGGGGCUAUUCAGAUCUUGGAUAGGGCAAAGGAUAUUAUCAUUAGUGGUGGCGAGAACAUCUCGUCCGUAUCUCUUGAGGGUAUGCUAGUUCAACAUCCGGAUGUCCUUGAAGCUGGUGUGGUGGCGGUACCUGAUUCGCACUGGGGCGAGCGGCCAAAGGCCUUUGUCACUGUAAAGCAAGGGAAGACACUCAAGGGAGAGGAUGUUAUCCAGUGGGCAAAGCAUAAGAGCGAUAUCAGCAAGUUUAUGGUCCCUAGGGAGGUGGAAAUCGUGGCAGAACUGCCAAAGACCAGCACAGGGAAAGUGAAGAAGAAUGUGCUCAGGAUCUGGGCAAAGGGUACAGAUAGGAGUACCGAUUUAUAAAAAAUAAAUAAAAUAAAGAGAUUAUAAAGCCAUCCAGUACAUUCCUGUAAAAACAAAAGAAUUAAUGAG